AUGGACAAACUUUGGAACGAACAACGCGAGGUCAUGCGACAAAUACACCGAACGCUGGAAAACUUCAAGAAACUCGGUCAGGCUAAUUAUACGACCAGCAAUGCACGCAGUCGACAAGCCGUUCUCCAGGAAAGAUGGGGAAGAUGCCAGGCGUUACAUUCUGCCAUCGUGGCAGCAAUCUCUCAGGACGAUUUGGCUACGAUGCCGUACUUCCGGGACGACGAGAUGCAGACAGCGGAGGACAGCUACUUCGAAGCAACGGACUUCUUCGCCGACCUAUUGGAAACGUUAUCAAAACCCGUGUCAAAUUGUAGUAUCGUAAAUUCUACUGCUUUGACUGAACGUAGCUCCGCGUCUAUACCUCUGCCUCGCAUUCAGUUACCAAAAUUUUCGGGUCAAUACACCGAUUGGUCAAAUUUUCGAGAUUUAUUCCAGUCUUUGGUGGUCUCUAAUGAAGCGUUGUCCGACGUGCAACAGUUGCAUUAUUUAAAAACGAGUCUAAUCGGAGAGGCUGGUUUAAUUUUGAGAAAUAUAUCAAUUACCGAGGCAAACUAUAAAACCGCGUGGACCGAGUUGACGCAGCGUUAUGAAAAUAAAAGAAUGGUUGUAUCCAAUCAUUUACGAGCUGUUCUCGAGUUGACGCCUAUGAAAUCUGAGUCCGCGGUUGAGUUAAAACGCGUUUACGAUACUACAAACGAUUCCGUUCAUGCGUUGAAAAAUCUUGGCCGUGCAGUAGAUGAUGAUUUUGUGGUUGCGAUUAUUGAACGUAAACUCGAUGUUAAAACACUGCAAGAGUGGAAUUUACUUCUCGGUAGCUCAACCGAACUUCCGACCUUCAAGGAACUCUGUCAAUUUCUAGUCAAUCGACUCAGAGCUUUAGAAGCUACACAACAAAUCAGUGAAGGGAAUAAGAAAUCUAAACACAUAGCAAGCACGAAAUCUCUCGUCUCUGCCGUUGACAAAUCUAAAUGUAUUGCUUGUAACGAAUCUCACUCGCUGUAUCAAUAUAUUAAAAAAUCACUAACCGUAGGUAAACGGAAGGAACUUGUAAAAAAGCAUCGCUGUUGCCACAAUUGUCUAGGAAAGGGACAUUACCCUCGAAAUUGUCUCUCGAGCAGGAGGUGUGCUCGCUGCAGUCGCAAACAUCACUCGCUUUUACACGAGGACCUUGAAGGUAAUAAUUCGGAUAACGAGAAGGCUGAAUCCGACAAGGAAGACGACGGGAUCAGCAACAAAAUCGCACGAGUAACCGUACGCUCCCUUGAAGGUCGAUCUAUAAGGUUGCGCGCUUUAAUUGACACUGGCUCGGAAGCCACCUUUCUAAGUGAGCGAGCUGCGCAGUCACUAAGACUCUCCCGCAGAAAAGUUAAGAUUCGCGUGACGGGUAUAGGCGACCAAUGUGCCAAUGUUGUUAAUUAUAUAUCGCAAAUUCAGAUAGGCGCGCGCGGUAACGAUAACGACUUUAUAACGACAAAUGCUCUCAUCCUUCCGAACCUUACGUCCCACCGAGACAUUCCUACUUUUAGAUUCGAUUAUAUCCCUCACUUGAGAGGAAUCAAGCUCGCGGACGCUAAUUGGUCCAAGCUCGAUCUCAUCGACCUGUUAAUUGGUGCCGAUCUCUACGGAUCCAUUCUGCUCGAUGGAUUACGGAAGGGUCUCGCCGAUGAACCUAUUGCUCAGCGCACCAUAUUCGGUCGAUCAGGAACCUCCUCCAAUGGUAUAUCCUGUCUGCAGUCUAAAAUAUCCCACGCGAAUGACUUAGAUCUUCGCAAAUUCUGGGAGCUGGAGGAGAUUCCGGGCUUCAACGCUCUCACGGAGGACGAAACUCUUUGCGAACAGCACUUCGCCUCCACCCACUCUCGCCGCACCGACGGUCGUUACGUCGUGAGGUUGCCCUUCAAAGAAGGCGCCGUUACCGAGUACGUUGAUUCGUUUCAAAUCGCGUCGCGAUCGCUAAAGCGUUUAGAAAUCCGUCUCUCCAAGGACGCUAAACUUGCGGAGGCUUAUUCUUUUUUUCUCUCUGAAUACGAGCAGCUAGGACAUAUGGCUCUUACCGCUGUCUCGGAGAACUCUGAAUCUAGAGCAUCUGCUGGCUAUUAUAUGCCUCAUCAUCCGGUUCUUAGGGAAACCAGUACUACUUCCCCUCUGAGGGUUGUCUUUAACGCUUCAUGCGUAACUCAUUCAGGUUCGUCGCUAAAUAACCAGUUAUUGACGGGACCUAAGCUACAAUCGGAUCUCCCAUCGAUCCUACUUAGAUGGAGGACUCAUCGGUUAGUCCAUAUCGCCGACAUUGCAAAAAUGUUUAGGCAAAUUAUCAUGCACCCUGCUGAUACGAAAUAUCAAAGAACCUUAUGGCGUACUGAGGCAGACCAACCAGUCUCUUCGUACGAGUUGUUAACCGUAACUUACGGUACCGCUUGUGCGCCAUACUUGGCAAUGCGCGUUUUGAAACAAUUAUGUGACGAUGAAGGUGCCGCCUUCCCACGCGCCGCAUCGGUUUUGCAAGAAUCUACUUACGUGGACGACGUUCUCUUCGGCGCCCACAACUUCUCCGAGAUCAUAGAGAUCCGAGGACAGCUUAAUGCCCUCUUAGAAAAGGGAGGUUUCCAUUUGCGAAAGUGGACUUCCAAUUCUGAAGAACUUCUUCGUUACAUACCUAAGACUGACCUUCUGGUCGGCUCCCGUUUUCUGAUGAACAACCGAUCAAGGCCUUGGGCCUAUCCUGGAAACCAGAACGCGAUUGUUUUACUUUUCAAUUUAAUUCUGCAGAAUUCGAGAAAACGCGAGGGAGCGUUGAGCCGACUAAGCGUUCUGUUCUUUCCACAAUCUCUCGCAUAUUCGACCCUCUCGUUAGAUUGGGACACUCCGAUUCCGAGUGAUCUCCGAGGAUCUUGGGAGAGUUACUUCGAGAAUCUGAAAUGUCUGCACGAAGUAUCGAUACCGAGAUGGACUAAUCAAGGUCCAAAUAGAAACGCAGUACAAUUGCAUGGAUUCGCCGAUGCGUCCAGCAGAGCUUAUGCGGCAGUAGUUUAUCUCAAGGUCGUAACGGAUGCAAAUCAAGUCAAAACUAGUCUCCUCAUUAGUAAGACUAAAGUUGCUCCGCUCCAAACGGUCAGUAUUCCUCGUUUAGAGUUGAGCGCUGCUCAGUUACUCUCCACGCUCUUAUCCUUUGUAAAACUUACACUAAAUCUCUCCACCGUUCCUCUCUACUGUUGGUCGGACUCGACGAUUACUCUCGCCUGGAUUAAGAAGCAUCCGUCGCAAUGGAAGCCUUUCGUGGCUAAUCGAGUAGCCGAUAUACAAAAUCGCUUACCUGACGCUAUCUGGGGAUACGUCAACACUAAGCAGAACCCAGCUGAUUGCGCCUCUCGUGGCGUCAGCACUGCUUCUCUUAAAGAUCACCACCUCUGGUGGCACGCGCCAUCGUGGCUCGAGUUAGAUAAUUCUUUCUGGCCUGAGCAACCGUUUUCGGAAGAGAUACAAAUCGAUAAGGAAAGGAGAUCUGUGAAAACGAUGGUCGUUCGUUCCGAUCAAUCGGAAUGGAAACUCCCCGACGAAACCCCCUCGUGGCCUCGGCUCCUCAAGAUAACUGCGUAUUGCAUUCUCUUUUGUAGUAAACUUUCGCGAUAUAAACGCUUCCCCACUCUUGCUCAAAACGAUUGCGAGUAUUCACUAACGAUUGCUGUACAAUUGGCUCGUUCCUUUUGGAUUAGCUCGGUACAACUCGCUCAAUUUUCUGACGAAAUCUCCGCCAUUAAAUCGGGAUCUCCGCUUCCACGGUCUAGUAAACUUAAAAGUCUGAAUCCCUUCGUGGACGACGACGGAUUGUUACGCGUAGGAGGCCGAUUAGAACACUCUCCGUUCUCCUUUGAAGAGAAACAUCCCGUUAUCUUACCUCGUCAUCGAGUCUCCGAUCUAAGUCGACCAAGCUCAUAG